AUGAGGGAGCACUGGAAGCGGCGACAUCAGCAAAAUCAGGACGCGAGGAUAUCUCACCAGAAGAGGUUAUCGCGAAAUUUGCCUCUCCGCUCGAAGAGCACUAAUGCGCACGUUCCAUCAUCAGCUGAUGCAAUUACCUCUUCAGCGUUGCAAUAUAGCGAGGACAUGGACGCGUUCAAUAAUAGAGAGAACCAUGGAGGCAUUCCUGCUCAGCUAUUGUAUGGUCUGAGCUAUGCCUUGUUGAGCUCGAGACCUAAUCCGUUCCAGACGUGUCCUGUUCACUUGACGAGCCAGCAUCAGAAACUUCUACACCACUGGAUUAGCACCCAUGCGGCUAUGAUGUUCGAAGAUCUGGAUGUCAUCGAGUUUAAUCCGAUGAAGGAUGUUUGGUUCCCGCUAGACCUUUCGAAUGCUUCGUCUUUCAACUGCAUCAUGGCGCAUUCAGCUGCCCACUUAUCUCAUCUAUACGCUGGCACUCCCCCACGAAUACUACGCCUUUGGCUUGGUGAUCCCGAGAAGGAGCUAAGCGACGACUCCUUUGCUGCUGUUGUGCGUCUGCCCACGUAUGAGCGAUACUGGGGUACAGAGCAAGAUUGGAAAAUCCACCGUGACGGCUUACAAAGAAUGAUCGAAGCGAAAGGUGGAGUUGAAGCGCUCCACGAGAACUGGCGCUUGGAACUUGUGGUUUACCUUGUCUCGUUAAUGUCCCGGCCAUCAUGGCUCGAGCCCACGAAUAACCUCGACCGAAUCUCUCCUCCUCUUUUUUCAACCCCCAUUAUGCAACAAACCACUUCUUGCGAUAUCCAAAAGGUCCGCUGCCUUUGGUUGAUGUCAUUCAUUCAAGACAUGAGGACGUUCAUGGGGUCUGUUUACACUAGAGGGCUUUCUUCGUUCCCCUUUACUCAUGCCGCAGUCGGACUUUUGCGUGAUCACUUUCAGCUCUCUAUGGAGUCUCGUGCCAAUGGCACUCACGGCGCAGAGUGGGAAGACGAAAUGCUGGCAUGUUUGUUUUGUAUCAGUGUUCUAAUACAGGAGUCAAUUUCCGUGCUGUCCGAUGGGGAUUUGACAACAUCCACUGGACAGAACACACUUGACAGAUUAGAAAUAUCGUUACAGCAGUCUCGACAUAUGUGGGGGCGUUCAAUCCACAACUUGCGCUCUAUCUUAUAUGAAAGCCUGACAAGGCUCUUCGAGGAAGGGGAAUUCAAGGUGAACUAUGUUACGGACCUGGUGCACGUUCUUGGCGCAUUGAGUUUGGAAGCGCGCCGAGGAGUCGAGAAAUGUCUUCUUAAUUUACUUUACUGCCUCGGGAAGACCAGCAACAUGCUAUCAAUAGAUGACGGUUGGUCACCGGAUUCACUUUUAUCGUCAAUGCACGGACAUUAG